AUGUGCGGCGAGCAGGGGGCGGCAGAUCGUGCACCCAAGGCACCCAAGCAGGACCCGAAGCCCAAGUUCCAGGAGGGGGAGCGAGUGCUGUGCUUCCACAGGCCUCUCCUUUACGAAGCAAAGUGUGUAAAGGUUGCCAUAAAGGACAAACAAGUGAAAUGCUUUAUACAUCACAGUGGUUGGAAUAAAACCUGGGAUGAGUGGGGGCCGGAAAGCAGAGUGCUCAAGUACGUGGAUUCCAACCUGCAGAAGCAGCAGGAGCUCCAGAAAGCCAACCAGGAGCAGUAUGCAGAGGGGAAGAUGAGAGGGGCAGCGCCAGUAAAGAAGACAUCUGGUCUACAGCAGAAGAAUGUGGAAGUGAAAACAAAAAAGAACAAACAGAAAACUCCAGGAAACGGAGAUGGUGGCAGUACCAGUGAGAUGCCUCAGCCUCCCCGGAAGAAAAAGGCUCGGGUGGACCCUACUGUUGAAAAUGAGGAGACCUUCAUGAACAGAGUGGAAGUGAAAGUGAAGGUUCCCGAAGAGCUCAAACCAUGGCUGGUUGACGACUGGGACUUGAUGACUCAACAAACACAGCUCUUCUAUCUUCCUGCCAAGAAGAACGUGGACUCCAUUCUGGAGGACCAUGCCAACUACAUGAAGUCUCGAGGGACCACGGAUAAUAAAGAGCACGCCGUCGAUGAGGUCGAUGAGGUCGUGGCCGGCAUCAAAGAGAACUUCAGCGUGAUGCUGGGCAUGCAGCUGCCCUACAAGUUUGAGAGGCCACAGUACGCCGAGAUCCUGGUGGCUCACCCUGACGCGCCCAUGUCCCGGGUGUACAUGUCCCAGUGCCACACCUGGCACCUGCUGAGACUGUUCGUGCGCAUCCGCAUCGGAGCGAUGUUGGCCUACACGCCCCUCGAUGAGAAGAGCCUGGCAUUGUUACUGAAUUAUCUCCACGAUUUUCUAAAGUACCUGGCGAAGAACUCGGCGACGCUGUUCAGCGCCAGCGACUACGAAGUGGCCCCUCUGCGUCGCUGCCAGUGUGUUCAGUGCCAGACAACGGAGAGACGCACCGCAGUGUCCUUGCCUAGUCGACGAGGCCGCUCCCCGGUGCUGGCGGCAAUUCCCCUGGACGCUGCGCACUUUGCUAGUACGCGCUGGCGCUCUCUGACACAUGCUGACUGCCAGUGCCAAAGGCCCACUGCAGUGUGA